AUGAGUUCAACAGAAACUAUUCCUGUUUCCCCAUCAGAGCCAGUACCUCCAGUGUCGUCAGGAGUUUCUUCUUCUUCUUCUUCUUCCUCAUCUGUCACACCCCCUAUUAAGGAGAAGUUAAAAUUGUGGGCAUCAUCACCAUUGCCUGCUGCUGCAUUUUCUGGAGCAUUGGCAGUUGUUCCAUUUAUUCGACCCCCUACUACGUAUGUCAAUAGUAAAGCAGCAUUUCAAAAAAAGGUUGCUACCAUAAGUCCUUACCCAAAGAAUAUUUCAGUUGCCUUGUUUGGCGGCUUCGUUGGGCUAGGAAGUUUUAUGAUUUAUGAUCAUGAUGAAGAGAAUGGAAGUGGACUCAUUUCCGCUUGGUCUUUGUUAUAUGCUCUUGCGAACGGAAAAAGGAGUAUGCACACUUUAAGGAUAUAUCCAAAGUUCCUAACGCUUUUUGCUUUAGCAAACUCUGCUGUUUAUGGCGCCAAGUUUUUAAAUAUAUUCUAA